AUGUUGUUCGAAGAUAUUGAUUGGUACAGUUGCCAGGCAGUCUUUGGAGUGGCUGUUUCUCUAUUUGCCAGCCUGAUAGCUACAUCCUAUGUCAUUCAGCAACUGUCAGCGAAGAAAAAACCUUGGAAGACAGUUCCUGGUUGGUUGCCUCUGAUUGGCAAUUUUCACCAGAUGGAUGGCGGAUCAAGGCCGGCAAUGAUUCAAACUCUGGAGAAAUGGGCAAACCAAUACGGAACUGAGACGGGGUGCUUUGAAUGUGAUCUACUGGGCAGAAGAAUGCUGGUGGUUUGCCGCGAAGACCGUGCGAAGGAAAUACUAUCUCAGCGGCCCUUCAAAGUCACUCGCAGCGCAGAUGUUCAAGAAGCUGUCAACAGUGUAGGGGCCACAGGAGUUUUUGCUGCUGAAGGAGAUCAGUGGAGGCAGGAGAAGAAGCUUGUAUCCUCUACUCUCAACAAAAUUCACAUGCAGGACUAUGUACCUACUCUUAUGGACUCUGCGCUUACUCUAGUAAAAAAGUGGGAAGCCCAAGUCAAGGAAAGCCCUGAUGGUGUGGUCUUUGUUAAGCAAGAUCUGGGACAUGCCCCUGCAGACACUGUGGGCAAGGUGUUUCUUGGGAAGGACUUGAACUUCUUGCACCAUCCCGAAUCUGAUGUUGCUGAACUUGUGACUCAGGGUUUCAAAGCAAUCGAACGGCGUUUUUUCUGUCCAAUCAAUUACUGGCGCAUUCCUAUUAUUGGUCAAGACCUUGAUGGAUAUGGGAAGUACCUUCGCAGAGGAAUGGCAAUCAUCAGUCAAGUAAUAAAGGAUUUUGAAGCUGAACGUGUUGCUAACUCCAAGACCCAAUCAAAGAUGUUUCUUUCCAAACUCUAUGAUGCAAUGGAACAAGAAAAGUCCAAAUUGGACCAUGAGAGAAUUAUAGGAAACGUUGUCACUGCAUUUGCUGCAGGUGUUGACACUACCUCCUUGACAUUGCUAGCAGCUUUGUACAUUCUGGCAACCAACAAGGAAAUGCAGGCUGAAUUGAGAGAUCACAUCAUGACCUUUGAUUUGGAGGCAGCUAAGCUUGAAGACUACUACUCCAAAGCACCUCUGCUCAAGUCAUUCCUGCAUGAAGUCCAUCGAUACCAUUGUACUCCAAUUAUGGGAUUUCAGCCCACCCAAGACAUCCCCUUUUGUGGUACAACCUUGCCCAAAGGUUCUAGGAUCCUGCUCUUUUUUAGACAAGUCAUGGUCCAGAAGGACUCCCCUGCUGAAGGCGUCCCAUCUGGCCCUGAUGAUGCACCACCAAAUGUGUUUUCUCCUCGACGAUAUCUUGUGCCUGUCAAUGAAGACAGCCCCGCCAACAGCAAGGAACAACAGUGGCAGUGUGUUGACCCAUUGACCAAGGGAUUGUCAUUUCUCUCCUUUGGCCAUGGGGUUAGAUCCUGUCCUGGAAGGUCCUACACAGAAAUCUUUUCCUAUGCUUUCUUGGUCAAGAUGCUACAGACAUUUGAAUUUGAACUAGCACCAGACCACCCACCAGUGAAGAUUGUUGCUGACACUCUCAUGGCUCCAGACAGAGACAUCCAGCUCAAGUUGACCCCUCUAGCUAGUAACAAGAGCUAG